UCCCCUUCGUGCCGUGCUGUCUGACCCCGCCCUCGGCAAGAUGGCGGCGCCCAGGUUGGGUGCGCCUGGUCUCCGGCUCCUGAGUAGGAACUCGCGUCCCGGGAGACUGUUCAUUCCCAGGUCCAAGCCGUUUUGUUCCAGUGCUACUACCUCUAGGCCCCUGAGUGCUCAGAGGUUGGCAGAGAAGCUCCGAGCCCAGAAACAAGAGCAAAAGACGAAGAAAAUACCGGUCCCUACAAACCCCGUUCAGCGGAGGGUGCAGGAACUAGUGCGAUUCACACAGCAGCUACAGCGAGUUCACCCCAAUGUGCUUGCUAAGGAGCUGAGCCGAGGAAUUCUCCACCAGGACAAGGACCUUGUGGUCAUUAAUAAACCCUAUGGUCUCCCUGUCCACGGUGGCCCUGGAGUCCAGCUCUGCAUCACUGAUGUCCUGCCCAUCCUGGCAAAGAUGCUUCGUGGCCACAAGGCAGAGCCUUUGCAUCUGUGCCACCGUCUGGACAAAGAAACCACGGGUGUAAUGGUGUUGGCCUGGGAGAAGGAUAUGGCACAUCAAGUCCAGGAGUUGUUUAGAACCCGCCAGGUGGAAAAGAAGUACUGGGCCAUCACUGUGCGUGUCCCCUUGCCCUCGGCAGGAGUCGUGGACAUCCCCAUCGUGGAGAAGGAAGUGCAAGGCCAGCAGCAGCACCACAAGAUGACGCUGGCUCCGGGUUACCGUAUGGACAAUGGGAAAAUGGUAAAGGUGCGGGCCAACCGGAAUGCCCAUGUUGCUGUGACUCAGUACCAGGUGCUCAGCAGCACUCCCUCUUCCGCCCUCGUGGAGCUGCAGCCUAUCACUGGAAUAAAACAUCAGCUUCGAGUUCACCUGUCUUUUGGGUUGGAUUGCCCAAUCCUUGGUGAUCACAAGUACUCAGACUGGAGUAGGUUGGCCCCUCAGAAGCUUUCUGCUGGCACACUGAAGAAGCUGGGGCUGCAGCAGGCAAAGGCCCGCUAUAUCCCCCUUCACCUGCAUGCUAGGCAGCUCGUCCUGCCUGCUCUGGGCUCCAGAACAGAGGAACUCCUCCUGGCCUGCAAGCUGCCUCGCUUCUUUGCAUGUUCUCUGCACCGUCUGGGUUUAGAGAUACCAAAUCAGGAUCAAAGCAGAGACAAGGAGGCCAAGCGUGUAGAAGCGCCAAGCGUGUAGACGCACAAUGAAGACUGUUGGCCACUUUGGCCCCGGAGCUCUGCUGUAGUCCAUGGAUUGUGCUACCUUCUCAUUUGGAACAAACUACAGAAGAGCCAGCUGGGAUAAGGUGAAGAAACUUGGCCACUUCAGGACUUGAAUGGAGAAUGAAGUCGGAUUUCCUACCAGUUUGGCUGUAAUGUGGGAAAGCCUGCUGGAAGUCUCUCCUCGAUAGGUCUCUUUGCCAAGAUGGAAGAGAGCCUAGGACCAGACAGAUUGGCCCAGUAAAGGAGAACCAAAGGAUGGAGUCUGUGGCCAGGACCUGUCUUCAUCCAACAGGAGGAAAAGCUUCUGAGCCUUCAGGAGUGCUCCCUUGGAAAGAAUGUCUCGGAUAAACGUGCAUCAUGGGACCCAGGGAUUUUGUCAGCUAGAACAUGGGUGCCAUGCUGGGAACCUGUGAAAGGGUUGUUUAGGUGAGGUAAUGGUGGGCAGCUAACCUAAGUGAGUAAAGCCAGGAGGGUGAAAGGCGGUGAUUGGGACAAAGACCAAGCACACACACUGUCUAACGAUUAUUAGCUCCAGCUGAUGGUUGCCCUGUGGGCAGAUUUUCUGUUUUCUUGUAGAGAACCAUGAAAUCUAGAUAUUUCUGUGAAAUCUCCCAACCUGUUGCCAACUAAAUAAAAACAUUCUAAAAAAAAUUUUUUUUUGAGGUUACAACCCCCACUAUCUUUCACAUUUAUGGCCUCUUUUUCUUUAAUUGUUAUUGCACGAGAGAGUGUGUGUGUGUGCGCAUUCCUAAAUACAUAAAUACAACCUGAUAAGUCUAUAUAAUGCUACUUGUAUAUAUGUUUUCAGGGCUGACCAUUUGGUAUUGGAUAACCAAUUGGUGUGCUUUGUGGUGAUAUAUUGUGUACCCUAGUAAAUUUGCCUGAAGAUCAGAAAACCGAACAAGCCACUAAGUUAAACAUAGACACCAGGCACACACCUUUAAUCCUAGCACUCAGGAGGCAGAGGUCUGUCUGGAUCUCUGUGAGUUCAAAGCCACCCUAGACUACAUGAGAUUGACUCAGUCUAGGAGAGAAACAGAGCCAGGCUGUGGUGGCACACAACUUAAUCACAAUUAUUGGGAGUCACAUGCCUUUAAUCCCAGCACUAGGAAAGUUGAGACAGAAAAUGAUAUGGGUGGGCAGAGAAAGGUAUGUAAGGCAUGAGGAGACAGGAACUAAAGUCUUUUAGCUGAGGAGUCCUAGAGGUAAGAAGUGGCUUGUUCCUU